CGGUUGUGUUUUUGUUUGUUUUCUUGGUUUCCUGGUGUUUGAAUUAACUUUGUUUGAAGAGCGUUCUAAGUCACCUGUUUGCGUUGCCUGAUUAAAGAGGCGGAGGGAGAACCUCCUAUGGCACAUUCCUCUUUAUCUGCAAUCAAGUUAUAGACAAUGAUUCGUUUCACUAUGUCCUUGUGUCGGCAGAAUUCCUAUUUAUUGGCCGGCUUGUUCGUCGGUGUAACCCUUUCUCUCUUAAUAUCAUCAAUGGAGAACACCUGUAGUAGUUUGCCUGCUGCAAACUCAGCUAUGGAACUUGCAGAUGACUAUGUUGAUGAAUAUGAACCGAGAAUUAACCUGGCAGGGAAACCUCAAAAGGCAAAGAAAACUCCUCAGGCAUUGGUUCGGCCUAGGUACUACUCAACAGAAUUGGGCAUUAGAGAGAAACUAUUUGUGGCUGUUCUUUCAUCUCAAGAAACAAUAAAUUCCAGAGGAGUUGCUCUCAACAAGACUGUUGCCCAUUUGGUUGACAAAAUCAUGUAUUUUAUUGAUGCGCCAGGGCCUCAGAAGCUUAAUCUAAGCAUGUCAGGCAUCGUAGGGUUCACUGAUACUCGUAAAUUGUUAAAGCCUUUCCAUGUCCUAAAAUAUGUUGCUGAUAACUUUUUGGACGAAUAUGAUUUCUUUUUCAUAGUAAAGGAUUCUACUUAUGUAAAGGCUCGGACCUUGUAUGAAGUUGUCCAAGGCAUCAGCGUUAGUCAAGAAGUCCAUGCGGGCAGUGAAAAAGAGGAUGAACACACUGCUUUUUGCACUCUAGAUGCAGGAGUUUUGCUCAGCAAUUCUGUGUUAAGAAAAGUGCAUGCUAGUUUGGAUUGGUGUGUUAAGAAUGCAUUUUCUGAAUCUGCUACUGAUAAUGUUGGACGUUGUAUCCUACAUGCAACUGACAUUCCAUGCAAAAGUAGUGUGCAGGGUUUAAAUUUGCUCACCCAUCGAACAAAAAAGCCAUUUAAUUUGAACUCUGAACUCCAAUCUCUUGCAAAAAAGAUAACUGUUGAUAAAAUCAUUACAAUGUAUCCUGUUCCGGAACCUGCUGCUGUGUAUUCCUUCCAUGCUUAUUUCAGCAAGGUGGCAUUGACAGCAACGCAGCUUGAAAUUGCAGCUCGCAGAUCAGCUGUAUUGAACAUGUCAUACAUAGCACCUGGUGGUAGAAGUGGUGUUGCAUGGCCAGUUGGUGCAACUCCUGGCAAUCGGCCAGCUUCUCGUUUUGAUGUGCUGCGUUGGGAUUAUUUUACACUAUCUCACAUCUAUCCUGAAUCAGACUUUAGCAACCUGAAAGAGUUAGUUGGUGCUGACAAACAGGAUGUUGAGUAUGUACUGAAUGCCACAGUCGCUUGGAUGCAUACAAAAUAUGAAGGAUUACUUCAGUACCGUCGUUUGAUUAAUGGCUAUCGUCGCUUUGAUCCAUCACGUGGCCUUGAUUAUAAAGUAGAUUUGGCUUUUAGGGACACUACUAAUGGACAUGAAGUUCAUAAGAGACUUGAGGUUAGCAAACCACUUGGAAAAGUUGAAGUUGUUCCAGUCCCUUAUGUGACAGAAAAUACUCGAGUAAGCCUGGUACUACCAGUGACUAUGGAAACAAAACCUAUGGUAGCCGAUUUCUUACAACAAUACAACAACAUUUGCAUGGAAAAAAAAGACAAGACCUUUCUGAUGUUGGUCCUCAUGUAUGAUCCACGUCAUCCAGGAAAAGGAAAUAAAGAUGAUACUUUUCUAGAACUUAAGCAAACGGCUGUUAAACUGAGUGAUCGUCACAAAAGGGAUGGUGGCAAAAUAGCAUGGGUAUCGGUGAAGCUACCAGAUUCACAGCAAGCAGUUCAUGUAACUAGAGGACUCUUAGACUUCGCUGCUGCUGACCUUGCCAUUAGAAAGCUUUCACAAGAUUCUUUGGUCUUCUUUGUGAGGCCUAAUGCAGAGCUAAGGCAGGACUUGAUAAACAGGGUGAGAAUGAAUACCAUUCAGCACAUUCAGGCAUUUAGUCCCAUUCCAUUCUCAGAGUUUCAUCCAGACAUAGUCUAUAACUCUGAUUUGCCUCGACCCUCCGAACUAGAUAUUAACAAAAGUUAUGGACAUUAUGAUACUCAAAGUACAGCAUUCAUUUCAUUUUAUGCCAGUGACUACUUGCGAGCUCGUAAAUCAAUAGAGAACUAUCUUCCCAUGAUGCAAUCAGACAAGGACUUAAAUGUGCUGGUGUCCAUUGCUUCUUCAAAAACAACCAAUACAGAAACUUUGGAGCUUUUCAAAAGCCUUGCAGAAAAUACCCUGUACAGUCUGUUCUUGAGAGCAAGUGAUUUGCAUAUUCUGCGAGCUGUUGAGCCAGGUCUCCGUCUGAGACAUGUUCCAUUAGACUGUACCAGCAGUGGAAGUGCCUCAGAAAUUAGUUUGCACAUGCUUGAAGCGUGCAUUAAAGCCCGAGCAAACAAUUUAGGUUCUCGCAGUGCCCUUGCCAGGCUACUUCUGGAAUUUCAGUCUUCUGCUGUAUCAUCAGUUUUGCCUGCAUAGCACACAAGUACUUUCCAACUUUGUUAAAGCAGGUAGAAGCAGAAAAUACAAUUGCAAUGUGAUGUGUAAAGUUGACAAAUUGAAGUCAUGUUUCAAUUUCUAUAAGUAGUAAUCAAUGAGUGCCAACAAUUGAUCUUAGUCCAUUUAAUUUUAAAAUUUUGAAAAUGAAACUAUAUGUUUGGUAUAAAUUAGCUUGUUUUGCUUCUGGAUAGAGUUUGUAUUGAGCCACCUACCUUCAAUCAGAAAUUCAUUCACUUCUUAUUUAUUAUUUAUACAGUAUCAAGUACACAACGUAGGUACAAAGUAAUAAAAUUUAUGUUUCUUUCAA